CAGCACGACUCGGGCGCGCCGCGCACACGGACGGCAGUGCACGCCUCGCCGGCUCACCAAUCGACACCCUGUCCAACCAGCACCACCCGGCGUCGUCCUCCCUGGCGGGGGGUUAGGCUAGCUAGAGCUGUACAGCGCGAGAGCGACGAACGGCAGGUCGAUCGGCGGUCGCACGUACGUCGUCGACCGAGAGCAGAGCAGGCGACCGCGGCGCCAGAGAUAGUUCGAAUCCGAUUCCGACCCAUCCAUGGGGGUUCACCUGCUGAAGAAGCAGCACUCGUCGGCGCCGUCGUCGCUGGGCCGCGGCUCCGGCUCCGGGUCCGCAUCCGGGUCGUCGGUGUCGGCGUCGUCGAUGCCGCCCAAGGGGUGCAUGGCGGUGCGCGUGGUGGGGCCUUCCUCCGCCGCCGCCGGGCGGAAGGAGCAGGAGCAGGAGGAGGAGGAGGAGCGGUUCGUGGUGCCCGUGGGGUACCUGAAGCACCCGCUGUUCGUGGCGCUGCUCCAGGCGGCGGAGGAGGAGUACGGGUUCGAGCAGAAGGGCGCCAUCACCAUCCCCUGCGGCGUGGACCACUUCCGCCGCGUGCAGGGCAUCAUCCACCACCACGGCUCCGGCGGCGGGCACCACCAUGGCCACCACAGCAGCAGCAGCAGCAACCACUUCCACAUCGCCGGCUGCUUCCGCGCCUGAUCGGUCGGUCGGUCGGUCUUCCAU